AUGGAACUUAAGAGUGUUACUUGUCUGCUUCUUUCUUUGAUUUUGCUUCAUUUGUGUGUGGAGUGCGUUCUUGGGGAUGGAUCUGUGGUAGGGCCUGCGAGGUAUAGGGACGAUGAUUGUAGGUGGGGGGGCCGUAGGUGUGGUGGACGUGGACAGUUUGGACGCGGUGGUGGAGGUCUUGGAGGAGGUGGAGGUAGAGGUGGUGGUUUAGGCGGCGGAGGUGGUGGAGGUCUUGGAGGAGGUGGAGGUAGAGGUGGUGGUAUUGGCGGUGGUGCAGGACAUGGUGGAGGUUUUGGAGCCGGAGGAGGAGUUGGCGGCGGAGCAGGAGGAGGACUUGGUGGUGGAAGUGGAGCUGGUGGAGGUGGAGGAGGAGGUAUUGGUGGUGGCUCCGGUCAUGGUGGUGGAUUUGGUGCUGGAGGAGGAGUUGGUGGCGGAGCGGGUGGAGGACUAGGUGGUGGAGGCGGAGCUGGUGGUGGGGGAGGCGGAGGUGUCGGUGGUGGUUCAGGCCAUGGGGGUGGGUUUGGAGCUGGAGGAGGAGUUGGUGGAGCUGGUGGAGGAAUUGGUGGUGGAGGUGGAGCUGGUGGUGGUGGAGGUGGAGGUGUUGGCGGUGGUUCUGGUCAAGGUGGUGGGUUUGGAGCCGGUGGAGGUGUAGGUGGUGGGGCUGGCGGAGGACUUGGCGGUGGUGGUGGAGCUGGUGGAGGUGGAGGGGGUGGUGUUGGUGGAGGAUCUGGACACGGUGGAGGUUUCGGAGCAGGAGGAGGAGUUGGUGGUGGGGCUGCAGGAGGAGUUGGUGGUGGAGGCGGAGGUGGAGGAGGUGGAGGCGGAGGCGGUGGUGCUGGUGGUGGAUCGGGUCACGGUGGUGGUUUUGGAGCUGGAGGUGGAGUGGGAGCAGGAGGAGGUGUUGGAGGAGGCGGUGGAUUUGGUGGUGGUGGAGGAGGUGGUGUGGGAGGUGGAUCUGGACACGGUGGUGGAUUUGGUGCAGGAGGAGGAGUUGGAGGCGGUGGAGGUGUUGGUGGUGGUGGUGGUGCCGGAGGUGGAGGCGGUGCUGGAGGAGGACGUGGUGGAGGUUUGGGAGGAGGCAUUGGGCAUGGUGUUGGUGGUGGCGCUGGUGGAGGAGGAGGCUUUGGGAUUGGAAUAGGAAUAGGGGUUGGGGUUGGUGGAGGCUCCGGCCACGGUGUUGGUGUUGGAAGCGGAAGUGGCGGUGGCGGCGGUCGCCGUUAA